CGUUUGGCUAAGGUUUGGUCUGGGUCGUCGCAGCGUAAGUGGUUGUGGUCAAGCCCUGAAGGUGACCGAGCCUUGAGAAGGAAAAAUGGCGGGUCGGGCUUGAAGUGCGGUUUUAGCGCAGUGUGUGGAUUACCUAACCCGUUUUUGGGGAGGAGAGUGUGUAACGGAUCUCCACCCCAGACUUUUUUGGCAUCCGCAAACACGUCGACACUGCAUUCGAAUGCUCGAAUCCCUGCUCUCUCCGCCCAAGAGCAAACAAUGACAUCUCAGCUCAAUACUGACAAUGUCACACAUCCACUCUAUCUGGCACGGCAAGCUGCGCAGAUAGGCGCUGGCGCUGCUGUUCCGGGUCUCAUUUUCGGCGCCACAGUCGGCACCAUCCGGACGCGAACUCCCAUCCUCUUCUCUCUAGCCUCAGGCGUUCAAUGGUUCGCCCUCGGCAGCACAUUUUGGGCCGCCCGUAGCAGCAUCCUUCACCGCGAUGGACUCCAAAACUGGUGGAAUACCACACGCGGCUUACCUUUGGUCCCACGCCAGGAUCUUGACGCAUCGCCUCGAGAUCGCGUCCGCGCCUCUGUCAUAGCUGGGGCCUUCACUGGAUGUAGUCUCGGUCUACUGUUCCGCGGUCCCCAAAAUGCCUUUUAUGGAACUAUCAUGUUUUCAUUGUAUGGUUGGGCUGGCCAGCAUGCGUAUAAUUUCCUUGAUGGGAGGAACUCGAGGGCUGUGCAGGAAGAGCGUGAAUUGAGGGAGCAAGGGUUGAAGAAGGAGACGUUGAUGCAGAGGAUAGCAAAAAGCAAAUGGAGCCCAAUGACGGUUCUGUCGGAUGAGGAGUACGCAAACUUGAUUGGGGAGAAGAUUUUGGCUGUCGAGGCGGAUAUUGCGAUAAUCGAUGAGAAGAUCGAAGCUCUGAGGAAUCAACAGAAAGCUCUAGAAGCGAGCAGCAAGAAAGAAGAUCCAUAA